GCGGUCGCCGGCGUUCCGGAGCCCAGACGCAGCCUCUGCGUCGCCAGGCACCUUGUGUUCGGUCAGCGGCGUGAAGGUCUCGCCGCAGCGUGUCGUCCGCGCCGCUCGGCCCGUUGUGAGCCCGUGUGCUCGCCGGGUCGGCCGGCCGGCGCAGCUCCAGCCCGUAUCCCCCGGCUGGUCCGGGGGGGUCCGGGCACCGCCUCGACAGCGCCGCCGCCGGACGCGCGGAAUGGACCGCAGCCCGCACCCCGAGCGGACGGCGUCAUGAGGCACCUGCCGUACUUCUGCCGCGGCCAGGUGGUGCGGGGCUUCGGUCGCGGCUCCAAGCAGCUGGGCAUCCCUACAGCUAACUUUCCUGAACAAGUAGUAGAUAAUCUUCCAGCUGAUGUAUCCACUGGCAUAUGUUAUGGUUGGGCCAGUGUUGGAAGUGGAGACGUCCAUAAGACGGUGGUGAGCAUAGGGUGGAACCCAUACUACAAGAAUACAAAAAAGUCCAUGGAAACUCAUAUCAUGCAUACUUUCAAAGAGGACUUCUAUGGGGAAAUUCUCAAUGUGGCCAUUGUUGGCUACCUCACACCAGAAAAGAACUUUGAUUCUUUAGAGUCACUUAUUUCAGCAAUUCAAGGUGAUACUGAGGAAGCCAAAAAACGACUAGAGUUACCAGAACAUUUGAAACUCAAAGAAGACAAUUUCUUCCCGGUUCCUAAAAGCAAAAUAAUGAAUGGCCACUGAUGGAAAAGCAUCUUAUUUAUUCAUUCACUAUUUCCUAAUAUUUUACUGCUCAUAACUCUAC